UCUGCAUAAGUCUUGGCUCCAACAUUGCAUUACAUCAGCGCCCAUGGAGGCAGUGUUUUGGCUUCAUAUCUUAAAGUGGGCUGAAGUGAAGGCAUGAUGUCCAUUCUAUACAUCUAAUGAUUCCACACUAUCAGCAGCCAGUGAGCUCUGGACAGAUAUUUCAGCGUUGGUGUACUGACCCAUCCCGCUAUCCAUCCUCAGCAGGGCCUCUCUGCUCGCUUGUUAAUCCCCUCAUUCUUCCAACCGAUCCUAGCCCUUUGUGCCGGGGCACGCGCCGGACUGCUGACCGGGGUCGGAACAUACCAGCGCACCUUUGUUUCCAGAGCACCAGCAGCACUAUGGGAUCUGCUGAGCUGGCCUCUGUAGCAGGACAACAGCGUCCAGGGACCACAGCGCCGACGCGGGAGCGCGCCUCUAUGCUGCUGUGCCCAAUGGAUGGAGUGCACAGUCCCAGUUGGGAAAAUGCACGCGCACAAGCAGGCGCGCUCCCUGACCGUCCGUAUAAAACUGAAGCGCCAGGUGCUCUCAAAGCUCUACGCGAGGCAAGUGGUUGGUGUGUUUCUCUAGAGUUCAUCCUUUUAAGUGCAAAAGUAGGAGUCAAGAUGUACAGAACUACAAGGUCCCCCAUGAUGCAGCCUCUGGUCAACUCAGGAAUGGGCAUGGCUCCUUUCUUCAAGGUGACCGUGUUUGAGCAGGAGCAUUUCCAGGGCAAGUGCCUGGAGUUCACCUCCGAGUGCUCCAACAUUCAGGAGUGUGGACUGGAUAACAUCCGCUCCAUCAGGGUGGAGAGUGGAGCCUGGGUGGGUUUCGAGCACCAUGACUUCCAGGGCCAGCAGUUAAUCCUGGAGAGAGGAGAGUACCCUCACUGGGAUGCUUACAGUGGAUCCCUCUCCUACCACGUGGAGCGCCUCAUGUCUCUGCGCCCCAUCGUCUGCGCUUCUCACCAAAGCAGUCGCAUGAUCAUCUUUGAGAAAGAGAACUUCAUGGGCCGCAGUGUGGAGAUCUGCGACGACUACCCCUCUCUGCAGGCCAUGGGCUGGAUCAUGCCAGAGGUUGGCUCCAUGCACGUGCAGUGCGGCGCCUUUGUGUGCUACCAGUACCCCGGCUACAGGGGUCAGCAGUACAUCAUGGAGUGUGAGAAACACAGUGGAGACUACCAGCACUGCAAGUCCUGGGGCUCCCACUGUCAGACCCCUCAGAUCCAGUCCAUCAGGCGUAUCCAGCACUGAGAGGAGGACAGGCUGAGACUGAGACAGCAACCCCAUCUUUAACCGAUAACCCCCUCCUUUCUUUUUCUCUUCAUUGUUUUCUUCCUCUCGACUUGAGAGCCACCCCAACCCAUCUCUCCUCCACCACCACUACCGCUGCCAGAGUGUGAUAAGAGACAAUAUCGCACUGUUAAAGCACAGGGAAACAUGUUCCACAUACACACACAUGCUGACUUAGCUGACACUCACACUGUGUCUUUUUAUUUGGUUUAGAGGUCCCUGCACACUUACACACAAACACUUUCCUGGGCUGUACUCUCACCUGAGCCGAGUGAUGACGAGUGGAAAAGUUCUUCAGCGAGUGGGAACUCAUCAGAAGGGAGAUGAAGCUCCAACAUGGCGCCGUGACCAGAAAACCUCCUCCUGAGCUGCCCUCACUCUCCUCAGUGUAGCAGAUGUGCUGCAGUGCAGCUCAGAUGUGUUCAGUUGUUGUUGUGUAGGAGGUCGAUCCACAGGUUAUAGCUAAUAAACUCA